GAAACACGAAUAAAACAGUGUCAAACGUCAAGGAAGAGAAAGGAGUGUGAAAAAUGGCAAAGGUGUCGAUGUGAACGUCAGCUUUUAACGUGUUUUUAUUAUUUUAACUCAGCCAUGAACUCGACCACCGACAGUCUGAUAUGUUGGCUUCAGACGUUCAACGUUUCUGCCCCGCACAAGACCGUCGAUCAGCUGUCCGAUGGAGUUGCGCUCGCCCAAGUACUGCACAAAAUUGACCCAGACUUCUUCGACUCAUCCUGGCUGACGAAGGUAAAAACCGACGUGGGAAGCAACUGGCGACUCAAAUUCAGCAACCUGAAGAAGAUUCUCAAAGCAAUUAUCGACUAUUACAAUGAGGUACUGUUCCAGCAAAUCACGGAGUUUCGCUUCCCGGACGUCGGUGCCAUCGCAGAGCGGGGAAGCCGAGAUGAAAUGGGACGCCUCCUGCAACUGAUCCUCGGGUGUGCCGUAAACUGCUCCAGGAAACAGGAAUAUAUUCAAGUCAUUAUGGGUCUCGAGGAGGCUGUCCAGCAUGUUGUGAUGAAAGCUAUUCAGGAGCUUAUAACGAAGGAAAGCCCCAGCAGCUACACUGGCGACAACUUCGAGCUCAACGAGCAGUUGAAGAAGGCACUGGAUGAGCUGCACACAACUGCGCAGGCAAAGGAGCAGAUCACUCAACGGUGCCACGAGUUGGACAUGCAGGUUACGAUGCUUCAAGACGAGAAGGUGAGCCUGAUGCAGGAAAACGAGAAGCUGAUGGAGAAGCUCAACCAUGUUGAAAACUUGGAGGAUCCCAGCACACCAGCAGGAAGGCGAUAUCAGCAAUCCCAACAGCGGAUAGACGCACUACAGGCUGAAGUCUUCAAGCUGGAAACUGCGAAAGAUGAACUACGAAUCAAGGUGGAAUUUCAAGAGAAGGAGAUUCUGAAUCUUCAGGAAAAGAAUGAAGAGUUGCACAAAACAUUGAAUGAAGCUCAGACGUUGAAAGAUGAACUGGACGUGUUGAGGCACACAUCAGACAAAGUGGAACACUAUGAAGCUGCAAUCGAGACCUACAAGAAGAAGUUGGAGGACAUGAGUGACCUCAAGAGGCAGCUCAAGUUACUGGAGGAAAAGAACACAUCGUACAUGCAGACCAACAUCGAGCUUGAGGAGGAUGUGAAAAAAAUGGCAGCGUUCAAGUCGCAGGCGGACCUGUACAAGAAGCAGACGCAGGAGCUGCGGCUUCAGUUGGCCGACGAGACGCGGAAGGCCAAUCGUGCCGAGUUUGAGGCCAAGAAGCUGCACGAAAAGUUGGCUUCUCUGCAGACUGAAAAGGAGCGACUUGUUGCAGAACGAGACUCCUUGAAAGAAGGCUUGGAAGAUUUGCGCUGCUCUCAACUACAAAAAGAGAGCUCCCACGUGCAGAGCGGUGCCAAGGCCGUUGGAGCGAUCUCCGACUCUGACAUGCUCGAGACAGUUCCUCCCGAAAUCAAAUGCUUGCUUUUCAGCUGUGUGAAGAUCGGGACGGAGAAACUCAUCAGGCUUCAGCAUGAAAACAAGAUGCUGAAGUUGGAAAGGAGCUCAAGUGAGGGCCAGCAGGUGACCUUGCUGAAGACCAUGCUUGAAGAUGCACAGUCACGCCAGAAUGACCUGGAGACGGAAGUCAGACUGCUGAGCCAGCGCAACCUGGAGCUGGAGAGCCAGCUGGAGGACAGCCGGGAGGCAGCGUCAGCGCACGAGGGGGCCGAGGCACGACAGCAGCUAGCCCUGGCACAGCGCCGCUGCAAGGAGCUCGAGGGCCAGCUGCGCGAGCGCGAGGCCAGCCUCGAGGCCAUGGCGACACGUCUAGCCGAGUCCUGCGAGAGCCAGUCCGAGUUGACGGAGCAGCUCGAGAAGAAAGCGGAAGAGACGAGGGUCAUGGAAGAGCGAUAUCAGAAGUACCUUGAAAAGGCCAAGAACGUGAUCCGCACGCUGGACACACGAUCUCCAUCAAGCGCCGAGGUGGUUGCGCUGCGUAACCAGCUUCAGGACAAGGCCAAGCACAUUAGCCAGCUCCAACAGGAGUUGGAGAUGUUCAAGGCACAGUGGGAGAAGGAGGAGCGCCUCAUCAGCACGGCCUUCUACAACUUUGGAGCGAAGUCGCAGCAGAGGUCAGCUGAGGAACGCAUCGUCCAACUGACUGGCGGCCAGUCUUUUCUGGCAAGGCAACGUCAGGCCACUUCCAAGCGCCACAAUUUGCCUGGUGUUCAGACGAGUGAAUUCUUUGAGUGAGAAUGUCAUCAGCCUGUGUGUCUUCGACAUAACCGGACAAACAGAGGGGAAAAAAAAGAGCAUGAGCACUGUCCUCGUUCGACACACCGUAGCGACCGCAAGUGCUCGGUCACCCACCUGUCCCACGCCCUCUGCUCGGCAUGAUGGCCUGCUGCUCGAAGACUGCAUACCUACAUUAUCGCGCAGCUUCUUAGUUCCCUACCGCAUCUCUCUUUUUAUUUCCACUACACCAUUUUGUUGCAGUACCAUCACUGCUUCUCUGUACGCAGUGUGUUUGCUUGUACCAACAUUCCAUUGCCUUGAUUAGUGACCGGUGCCUAUAGUCGGUGACAGUCUAAGAACGCAGCGGCAAAUACAUAGCUACAAUUCGAAGGUAAUUUUGUAGAUGUGCCAGCUAAUUACUAUAUUUACUCAAUUGUAACGUGAACUUGUUUCUGGGAAAUUAACUCAAAUAUGUCAUGAAAUUGGAAUCGAGUACGAAACCAAAGCUGCUAUAGGUAGUGUCCAAAUCCCAGCUCCCAAUUUUGAUGGCCGAUCAUUGCGGUACUGCGGUUGCUGGAAGAUCCUGCAAGUGCCGGAAGUUUGUCAUAAUUGGAGGCCUCGGAUGGCGCCGCCAAGUGAUGCCUGGUCCAUUGUCUUGAAUGCAACACAUGUUUAUUUUUCCGAGGGAGAGCUAAUCGCUAUCUCUCUUUUACCAUAAAAAUGUGGCGAGGGAACAAACAGGUGUGUCGCAUUUUUGUAAAGUAUGAAAAUCGAAGUGCACAUUACAAUUGAGGGCGUGUUACAAUCGAGUAAUUACAGUACCUGAGCUUCUUUCCAUGAUGACACAGGGAAGGUGAAAUUUUUUAAUACUUUACAUAUCUCAGAGAAUAUGUUUUGUAGCGUAAAGGAUGGCUGAUGUUUGAUUUUAUGGAGUUUGUUCUAAGCCCUUAAGUUAUAAAGUAUAUUGUGAUGGGUUUGGGAAUGCUUUACUGUGUUGGCAGCCAUGUCACAGCUGUUGGUAUGGGACAUGUCGUAUGACCUGUAUCCUUGUUGUCAUCUACACCCCCCGCCUUACCACAGGGGGAUUGUCUCCGACAGCCUUGUUCCCGGCAGCGUAUGGGGGUAUUUAAAAUGUUUGCUACCUUAGGAGGUUCAUACCACACAUUGUGUGAUGCAAUAACAGUUGAUGUAUGCCCACGCAAACAGCACUGUUGAGCCGCCACUUAUGUGCAUGCACAAAAUUGCCAUCAUAACAUUGAACCCUUGUUCCUGUGCAAAGCACUUCGCUAUGUAGAAGCAGCAUCUACCAUUUUGUGUGUGUCUAUUAAUACGACCACAGUGGCUACCCAUCUGACAUUUCCAGAGCAUGUAAAUAUGACUCCAGCCUAUUUUCAUUUUUUAGUUCAGUCCCGCUAUGUAGCCAAGCAGUGGUAAAACCACUAAGGGGUGAAAGCACUUUUGUGUUGGCUGUACUCCUAACUUCGCGAGGUAAUUAUUUUUUUUUUUCUGCCGGGAGCACAGGCUGUCAUUGCAAAUGCCCAUAACGUGUUUCAACGUGUUCAGCCACUGAAGGCCUUAAGUCUUUUUAUACGAGUGGAAAAUUGCUCACUUGCGAAGGAUGUCGCUUUUAGUACUAGAGUCUCUCACAUCCACAACAAAGUAGUCCAGGUGCUGUCUUUCUUUAGUUGUGCAACAAUAGACAUCACAGCAGUGGGCAAACACAACAAGCCCCACCCUGGAGCAAACGUUUUGAAAAAACAUUGUUCGCCCACUUCUGGUCGCCAUAUUCACGAGACCCCAUUUUAUGUGAGGCAUAGCUUUUAAAAUGUUAUCAAUUCUUACUGUACUACUGCAUCUUGCUAACUACAUGCAUUGCAGUGAAAGCUACAGGACGCGUCAGCCAACUUGAGUAGAGAACCAGAACUUCGACUUUAUAACAUGAUUCGACUAUGAGUAUACCAUGAUUAUCCCAUGAUUUAUACUUUAAACCAUGAACCAACUUGCCCAGCAACGAGUGUUGCUAAACUAGAACUCCUCCACUGUCCGCACAACACUGAUUGAAUGCAAGUCGCAAAAAGAUGCAAGGCGCAUAAUGGGCAAAACCACUUUCCAUUCUCGGAACACACAGCUGCCCACAUAGCCUAUUGGCUGACGUGAGCCUUAGCCUUUGCUUUAGCUUCACUGUGCAGAGUUGGCAAGACGGCAUAUAGCAUCUUUCCGAGUGUUCAGGCGACACAUUUGCCAGUUUGAACAUCGAAGCAGUCUCAGGUUGUCUGAAGAGCUGCCGAGCGUAUAAUCAGCCUGUGUUCACUGAGGGCCGAGUCAUUGCUUUUAUAUAAUACGAUUUUUAGUGUUUUUAAGAAGAGUGAACUGAGGAAGUUGGCAUUGGUUCAUGUUGAAAAACCUAGCACAUAGACAGACAAAGAGAUAGGGAAGCGCGUUCAUGUUUUGUGAUGUUCCCCAUGUCUUCAUCCAUUUAUGCUGCUAACUUUUUUUGACAUUGGCGUUCUUGUAUUAGAAACUGUGGAUGAGAUUUCAGCAAGCACUGCCAGUGUUUUGUACUUUUGAGAUGCAGUGUUUUCUCUACCAAAGUGCAUUUGUAUGAUUUGUUGCUGCAGUCGUAAGGUUUUCUUUCACAUUGCGCUUUAUUUUGCCUAUAAUUUGUGCCUCACAAUGCCCUUCCCUGCUUUGCAACUGGUUUUAUUAUUGAGGAAAUGACAGCAUAGGCUCUGCAGUGGUGAAAAGUGUUUAUGCAUAUUUGUAUAUAUUUGCGUUGCAUUUGAGAUAGCUUCUCGAUGGGGUGAUCUGCCCGGUUAUUGUGUAUGCAAUAUUUAUAGAGAGAAAUAAAACUUACAAAAGCUG